CUUGUGUAGCAACGAGGGAAUACAGAUUUCUACCCGGCACAAGAUCUUUUUAUAGAAUGUUUUAAAUACGGUAGAUUUAAUGAAUGAUGACACUUAAAUGAACAGAGACUGAGGCCGUGACUAUGAUGUACGAAAAUUUUCGCCACACUCAUGGCAGUGGAUCUGGGGCAGGACCCAUUGAAGGCUCAGCAAGGAAUGCAGGAACAGUUGUUCCUGUGUCCAAGAAACAAAGUAAUGGAAGCCUUGACUCUGCAGUCCCAUCAAAAAGUGAACGUCUAAAUUCUCCAAACACAAGUAACUGGGAGCCUGAUGUGCGCAUGCUUCUAUCAACAUCUCAGUGGCUCAAGAUCCAUGGCCUUAAAAGGCACAAGCUUGACAUGGGUCAGAUAUUACCCUCCAUAGGAUUUCGGCAUUCAGAUGAUUAUGUAAGACCUCUUAAGAAACCUGUGCGUGCAAGAUAUUGCAAGGGGCUAUUUACUCAGGUCCCAUUCAGAGAUGGUACUGUCUACAAUGUAAGGACAAAUUAAGAAUUAUGCUAAGUUUGAUCAAUUUUUGAGGAUUUCUGAAGCACUCAAUAUUUUUCUCUAUCUAAGGUCCCAGUUGUCUCUAGGACCUCUUCAUGUCAAAACAGUUGAAUCUCUUCUCUCAGACAUGUCUUAUACAUGUAAGAAAACAGAUCUCUUAAGGGGGCAUGUUUAAAACAUGAAAUGGGGAAAUGUCAAAAUGGCACCUAAUGGGCAAGACUGUAGGAGUCAACCCUUACAAUUAUUGUGAGGUAACCAGUGUUGAACCAGUGAUAUUUAUGCUAACCUGAGGGCUAUAUAGGCUAACCAGAGCACAAUUCCGGCUAACGGGAGUGCAAUUUUAAGGCUAGCUGUCAGUAGUGCCAUUACGUCAUUUUGCCAUUUUGUGUUUUAAACAUGCCCCUCUUAAGGAGAGGCUGGCUCCAGUCACUAAAACAGUUUAAUAACCAACAUUAAAGAAUAAAGUACCUCUCUUAAGCCAAUUGUUUAACUCUUGCACCAAUUACAAGAAGUCCGCUGUUGAGUGGUUACACUGUACUUUGAUCAUGACUAUCUGUAACUUCAAACAUUCAUCAUUCAAGAGUU